AUGGGGGAGGGAGAGUCCCUGCAAACUGAAGCCUGCAAUCUGGAGCCCUGCAACCUGAAGCCCUGCAAUCUGGAGCCCUGCAACCUGAAGCCCUGCAAUCUGGAGCCCUGUAAUCUGGAGCCCUGCAAUCUGGAGCCCUGCAAUCUGAAACCCUGCAAUCUGGAGCCCUGCAAUCUGGAGCCCUGCAAUCUGGAGCCCUGCAAUCUGAAGCCCUGCAAUCUGCAGCCCUGCAAUCUGGAGCCCUGCAAUCUGGAGCCCUGCAAUCUGGAGCCCUGCAAUCUGAAGCCCUGCAAUCUGGAGCCCUGCAAUCUGGAGCCCUGCAAUCUGAAGCCCUGCAAUCUGAAGCCCUGCAAUCUGAAGCCCUGCAAUCUGGAGCCCUGCAAUCUGAAGCCCUGCAAUCUGGAGCCCUGCAAUCUGAAGCCCUGCAAUCUGGAGACCUGCAAUCUGGAGCCCUGCAAUCUGGAGCCCUGCAAUCUGAAGCCCUGCAAUCUGGAGCCCUGCAAUCUGGAGCCCUGCAAUCUGGAGCUCUGCAAUCUGAAGCCCUGCAAUCUGGAGCCCUGCAAUCUGGAGCCCUGCAAUCUGGAGCCCUGCAAUCUGGAGCCCUGCAAUCUGGAGACCCACUCUUGCCCCCCUGCCCCCAUCCCUCAGGAAGAUGACGUGCUCAACGAAAUCAACACUCCCCCAGAAGUGUCCAGCUAUGUGUUUUUUAUCCAACCGAAAGCCUCGUAA